UGUGGUAAGGUUGCGGCAACACCACACCAGAUUCAGCUGGGCGCGAAGCCCGAACGCCGAGUAAGGGGCUUGAACGCGUCCCGAUCUAUUGGGCCAAAUAUCGGUGUUGGCCCAGGCAACCAUCAUAGCGCGGAAGGGGACGGGGGACGUCCAAGCCUCAUUGAACCCGUUGUUCGGCGAAGGUUUUUGCGAGAUUAUAAGAAGCAAAAUCAUCUACCUCCGUCUCUGUCAAGGGAGUGAUUUCCUGUUCCUUUCUUUUCGCUUCGUUACUGCCUCCCCUUCUGUCACCAUACUAACUUUAAUUCAACUGCGCCGCAAGUGAUCCGUGCUGCUAAAUUUUUGUGUUGAGCUGCAUCCUCCCAUAAGCCCUUCCAAACAACAUCACUCUUCCGAAAGCCUUGGAAGGCGACAUGGAAAAGGAAGCCACUCGUCCACCUCCUGCGGAGGAUACCUCAUCCACCACCGACGUGGACGACAAGGAAACAGCGCCUCCAUCCCGAUCUGAGGAUAAGAAAGAUGUCGACACGGCCAUGUCAUCCCUGGAUGAGCCACCAAAAACCCCUGAGAAAGUCUCCGGUGAGGAGAAAAGUGACGAUGAGUAUCCUCAAGGAUUGGCAUUGUUCUUCAUCAUGCUCGGGCUCAACCUUGCCGUGUUUCUAGUAGCCAUUGACCAAACAAUUAUUGCGACUGCCAUCCCCAAAAUCACAGAUCGCUUCAAUAGUUUGGAUGAUGUAGGCUGGUACGCAAGUGCCUACAUGCUCACAACAGGAGCGUUCCAGCUCUUGUACGGUAGACUUUACUCUACGUUCUCAAUCAAAUAUGUCUUCAUCUCAUCCAUUAGCAUAUUCGAGCUAGGAUCUCUCGUCUGCGGCGUCACACCGUCCAGUAUCGGCCUUAUCGUUGGACGUGCCAUUGCAGGUCUGGGCGCCGCGGGCUUGUUUUCCGGGGCGCUGAUCAUCCUCGCACAUGUGGUGCCGCUGCACAAGAGACCGACCUUCAUGGGCGCUAUUGGAGGUAUGUGGGGUAUUGCAUCUGUGGCUGGUCCUUUACUAGGGGGGGUCUUCACGGACAGAGUAACCUGGCGACUAUGCUUCUACAUUAAUCUCCCACUUGGAGCAAUCACCAUUGUGGCCAUCAUGUUCUUGUUCCACGACCCCAAACGCGAGGCCGUAGCGAGCAUCGGAUGGGUAGAGCGCUUAAAGACCUUCGAUCUCUACGGGAACGUGUUCCUGAUGCCAGCCAUCAUCUCCCUUUUCCUUGCGCUGCAAUGGGGUGGUUCGAAAUACCCAUGGGGAAACGGCAGGAUCAUCGCCCUCUUCGUGGUCUUCGGCGUUCUCAUCACAGGCUUCGUCGCAGUGCAGUUCUGGCGUCCUCAUAAUGCAAUGAUGCCGCCACAUAUGAUAGCAAAACGCAGUGUCUGGGCUGCCUGCGUUUUCUCCUUCUUGAUGGCAGGCGCCUUCUUCACUUUGACCUACUACAUCCCCAUCUGGUUCCAGGCCGUCAAAGGCGUCUCGGCGGUCGCAUCAGGCAUCAGGAAUCUACCCCUGAUCCUCGGUGUUGUUGCUACGGCCAUUAUCGUCGGAGGACUGGUCACUGCUGUCGGAUACUACACCCCAUUUAUGAUAGCCUCCACAAUCUGUAUGUCAAUAGGCUCCGGGCUCCUGACGACCCUCAUGCCAGACUCUGCCCACCCGGCCUGGAUCGGUUACCAAGCCUUCGCUGGUCUCGGCGUAGGAAUGGGCAUGCAGCUCCCCCUCGUCGCCGUGCAGACCGUGCUCCCUCUCGACCAGGUACCUACAGGCACUGCCGUCGUGGUCUUCGCACAGACACUUGGAGGAGCAAUCUGCAUCGCUAUCGCACAGAGCGUGUUCCAGAAUAAAUUGAUUGAAAAGGUUGGCCAGUACGCGUCGGGUAUCGACCCCGCGGUCGUUAUCAUGACCGGCGCAACGAGCAUUCAUUCGAAGAUCCCGGCGCAGUACCUGCCGGGCGUCAUAUUGGCAUAUGACAAAGCACUCACUCAGGUGUUCUUGGUAUCUGUGGCGACGGGUGCAUUGACGAUUAUUGGGAGUGUGGCUAUGGAGUGGAAGAGUGUUAAGAAGGGUAAUAAGAAGGUGGGCGACGCUGAAGGCGAAUCGGGCGAGAGUGAGGUCACGGUAGAGGAGCCAGUGGAGAAGUCCGGAAAGGUUUGAUUUUGAGGCGCCGCCAUGGAUCGGUGUUUGGAACUGGGUGCUCAAUGAGAUAGAUAGAUGUUUUUUGGCAGGAGAGAGGCUUCACACUCUAUUCCCUCAUUUUUGUACAGUAGCUUCAUUUUUAUUCUGGAGG